UUUUAUGAACAAAUAUGAUAACAAAUGCCAUGCUCAUCAUAUGCAUCCAUCCCUUUCCGCCAUUAUUUUAUGCAUCAGAACUGCCUAUGGGGGUUCUAUCAUACAAAACUGAGAAGCAUCUCUAAUUGCAAUCCAUUUGUACAUACAACCUUUUCCAUUUCCUUUCAAGAUCCCUAUACAUUUUACUUCUGGCAUAUGGUAUGUAAUUAACUUAGCAGAAUUCAUGCUGGAUUACUAGCUUUAUUUUCUAAGAGAACAGCUAAACUCAUUCUCCUUUUCUCAAUUUUCGAAGCUUUUGCAGAGUAGGUUCUGUUUAAUGAUAAUGUAUUUGAAUUUUCUUCUAUAUUUUUUAAUCUAUUUUCGUUUGUUUUUAACUGCUGAUAAAUGAGGACUGUGUGUCUAAUGAAAUUAAGUGUUUUUAUAAGCUGAAGUUUUUUUGGUUAUAAUGGUUGGUCUUCAAAAAAGGAAUUACCUUUAGAGCAUCUCCAAGAGCCUAGCUAAACUGAUUUGGUUAGGUAAAAAUAGAAAAAUGCUGGUAAAAACUGGAUCCAACAGCCUCUCUUUCUAUAUCCCGCUCGUCAUCCCCUCCCUUCAGUUGGCUAUCUUUGCCGAGCACCUGGACUCGCCAUCUCGCUCCUCCCGCUAGCGCGCCUCUUUCCCUCGCGCCGUCACGCUGCUCCCGCUCUCCGCGCCGCUCGCUCCUCUUCCCAGCCCCUGCUCCCGCCGUCACGCCGCUCGCUCCUCUUCCCCGCCCCUGCUCCCGCCGUUGCGUCCAGCCAUCGAUUCGGCAGCGGUGUCCUGGCCUCCGGGUGUCGAACUCCGGUGGCGGCGGCGGCGGCGUCUAGGCGAUUUCGCGGCGGCAGCGUGGCGUCCAGUGCCUAGGUCGACGUGUCCGACGGAACAAGAGAAAAAAAUCGCCCGAUCGCAGCUUGCGAGAUAAAUCCCAAGUGGAGCAGUUACUUCGUUACAUCGUGGAAGAUGUUCCAGAGGAUUCAGAGAAGAAACGAUCUUUCAAGUUUCCAUUUAUUGCUUGUGAGAUUUUUACUUGUGAAAUUGACAUUAUCUUGAGGACCUUGGUAGAAGAUGUUGAGUUAAUGGAUUUACUUUUCUCAUUUGUAAAACCUGACCAUCCGCAUAGCACUUUGCUAGCUGGUUACUUCAGUAAGGUGGUGAUAUGUUUGAUGCUGCGGAAGACUGCGCCUCUUAUGAAUUAUGUUCAGGAGCAUCCAGAUAUUGUUGUCCAACUUGUUGACCUCAUUGGUAUCACCUCGAUAAUGGAGGUGUUGAUGAGAUUGAUUGGUGCUGAUGAAACCAUAUACUCAAAUUUUGCCGAUACAUUGCAAUGGUUAGAGACUACAGAUGUCCUGGAAAUGAUUGUGGAUAAAUUUAGCUCAUCUGACUCCCCUGAAGUACAUGCGAAUGCUGCAGAGAUCCUUUCUGCAGUAACUCGAUGUGCCCCUCCUGCUCUUGCUGCAAAAAUAUGCAGCCCAAGUUUUGUUGGUAGGUUGUUUCGCCAUGCUCUUGAAGAAUCAAGACCGAAAUCUGUUCUGGUUCAUUCACUGUCAGUGUGUAUAUCUUUGUUGGACCCAAAAAGACUAGCAUCAGCCUCAUAUCAAGCGUUUAGAAGUAACUUGAGUCAUGGGACACUGGUCACAGCCAGUCCAGAGACAGUUGAUGGUAUGCUGGAGAGUUUUGGUGAUUUGCUGAAGUUAUUGGACAUUACUUCUGCUGAAAAUGUUUUGCCUACGACAUAUGGAUGUCUGCGCCCGCCUCUUGGAAAACACCGUUUGAAGAUUGUGGAGUUCAUCUCUGUUUUGCUAACAAUUGGGAGCGAAAUAGCUGAGAAGGAGCUAAUAAGCCAAUCAGCAAUAAAGCAUUGCAUCGAUUUGUUUUUUCAGUACCCUUAUAAUAACUUUUUGCAUCAUCAUGUUGAGAACAUUAUUGUUUCUUGCCUCGAGGUUAAAAGAAACCAGCUGAUUGACCAUGUCCUUAAUGACUGUGGGCUUGUUGGUAAAGUGCUUGCCGCAGAAAAAAAAUUAUCUCUGUCAGUGGACUCUAAUGGGCCAACGUUACCAUCAGAAGGGAAAGAACCCCCAAGAAUUGGGAAUAUGGGCCACAUAACUCGAAUAGCGAAUAAGCUCAUUCAAUUGGCAAAUAGUAGCAGCAUGAUCCAGAAUCACUUGCAGGAGAACAGCGAGUGGUCUGAAUGGCAAACAGGUGUCCUAGUUAAACGCAACGAGGUGGAGAAUGUUUACCAUUGGGCAUGUGGCCGUCCAACUUCUUUACAUGAUCGUGGGAGGGAUAGUGAUGACGACGACUUCCGAGACAGAGACUAUGAUGUGGCAGCACUUGCUAAUAAUCUUAGCCAGGCAUUUCGAUAUGGGAUAUACAGCAACGAUGACAUUGAAGAGGCACAAGGAUCCCAUGAACGAGAUGAUGAGGAUGUCUACUUUGAUGAUGAAUCAGCUGAAGUGGUAAUAUCUUCAUUGCGUUUGGGGGAUGAUCAGGACAGCAGCUCCCUCUUCACAAAUUCGAACUGGUUUACAUUUGAUGGUGAUAGAGGAAUCAAUGACCGCUUAGCUGCCUCUGUUCCUUCACCGUCCCCCAAUUCUGAAGAGACUUCCCUGAACAUGGAGGAAACUGAUGAAGUGCUUAUUGGUGAAGCCACUGGCACCGAGUCACAGCUGGAAAGCGUGUCUCUUGAAAAUGGUCCUGUUGAGGUGACCAAGGAACUAGCAGGGGUCGCUGAGCAAAAUGAUGCUUGUGCAGAUGAUGAGAAACUCUUGUGCACAGAAGAGGAAAAUGUUUCCCAGGAAGCUGAAGCCUGUGAGCAGCCUAUGGAUGUUCAAGAUGGCCAGACUGACACACAAGGUGGUGAUGCUGCUGAAGCCUCAAGUACAGAGGGUGCAGCGGAUGAACCUUGUGGCUCUCCUGAGCCUGGCCAUGCCUUGACUGGAGCCUCGUCUGAAUCUCGUGACACUGAUCAUCAGUCUGCCAACACGUCAGGGUCUAAUGAGAUAGCCCAUGAAUCAGGGUUACCUGUCAAGGUUGAUGAUGGAAAAAUAGUUGAGGUUGCCACAACAAAUGAAUGAAGUAUAUGGGCUGGAAUCAUACCACAAACCUGAGCAGUAUUGCCAGCCAGAUUCUUUUGCAGGUGAGCAAUGUCACCUUGUUUUGCAUCACAUGCUCAGGAACCACGGACAAACCCUUCAGAAGGCAAGGAUGCUGUACAAUUAAAGGCGCUGCUUUGCUAUGUGCAGUUGAUUGGUCCUGCAUGAAUGAGCAUAUUCGUGCAGCUGGGCACGCCCUGUUAUGAUCGGACUGUCUCACCUCAUCCCCAUCCCCAUCCCCAGAAGCAAUUUCCUCGGUUCACAUGGACUUCUUACCCCGCAAUGGUGGGUGAAUUAAUUCUUGCCAAUGUCAUUUGGUGGUUGAUGCAUGCGAGGAGGGGAUUAAUUCAUUUGGUGGUUCUUGAUUUUGGGUACGGUGGUUAUUUCCUUUGCUAGGGUACUCGAACUGUAAUAUUUGCAGUGAGUUUUUCCCCCCGUGUUUACCCCCUUUUUGGUUCCUUUGGGAUUAGCGUUCUGUAAUUGUUAUCUGUUCAAGUGAAACAUCUACCUUUCCCUUUUGGGUUCUAAACUGGAUGUUCUCAGCAAAAAUGAGGACAAAUCUUUUAGGAUAUACCGUUGUGAUCCAGGCUGCUUUGCAACCCAGCAAGUGCCAUUGAA